AUGCCUGUACUUGAGUCAAUGAUGCUUGGGGAGAAGACGGCUGUUGUUUUUGAUAUAGGUUCUGUGUACACAAAGUGCGGUUUCGCUGGAGAAACAGGACCCAGGUUUAUAAUUCCCACUGAAAUUACUUUGCCCACGGGUGUUAAACAAAGUCUCCUUUACAUUAAGGAAAAAGAUGAGAAAAAGCGGUUCCUGACAACAUUUCUCUACAAUAUGUACUAUCGACACUUAUUAGUGAAUCCAAAGGACCGUCGAGUUGUUGUAGUUGAAAGUGUACUUUGCCCAUCAUCAUCCCGUGAACUGUUGGCGGAUAUCUUAUUCAAUCAUUUUGAGGCGCCUUCUGUGCUUUUCGCUGCUUCACAUUUAAUGGCUUUGUUCACUCUAGGACUCUCUUCUGCUGUUGUUCUGGACUGUGGUUAUUUAGAUGCACAAGUCAUACCUGUCUAUGAAGGCUACACAUUACUGAAUGCCUGGCAGUCUGCGCAACUCGGUGCUAAAAGAAUCCAUGAAGACAUAAAGUGUUACCUAAGCGAGAAGGCUAAGUUAGUCGAUGUCAUUAAUGGGGAGUCGCAUUUUUCUCCGUGUCCAGAUUCUUUUGUGUCAGAACAUACUGUCGAAGAUAUAAAAGUCCGCACAUGUUUCGUUAGCCCACAAAGCAGGGCAAUGCAAUGGAAGGCGUGGCGAGAUGCAGUUGAACCCUCUGUCAAGAAACCUUCUUCACAUCAAGAAACAUUUCUUUUCCCUCUAGAUAGAUUAGGUGAUGAAAGGCCCAUCCAGGUUCCAUCAGAAGUCCGAGAGUUGGCAGUCGAGUGUUUGUUUUCUGGGGACAAUGAUCAAAUCACAGUCACCACACUAAUUUUAAGAUCCAUUUUGUUGGCUCCUAUCGACAUAAGAAGAAAUUUGGCAGAAAACAUUAUACUCAUUGGUGGUACAGUCAUGAUCCCUGGUUUCCUACCCCGUCUUCAAGAGGAACUCAAUUCACACCUGGAUCUCCCUGAGUUCUCUACACUACAAGCCUUAAAGGGGUCUUUUAAGUUUCAUACACCACCUGGUGAGGCAAAUUACAUAGGAUGGCUUGGUGGUGCUAUUUUCGGAGCAUUAGAAUGUCUACCGGGUCGUUCAUUAAGUCGGAUAAGUUAUUUAGAAAAUGGUAUAGUUCCUGAUUGGUGCACUCAAAUUGAUCAAACGCACAAGGAUCUCGAAAGACAAGAUACCACUCGUCAAUGA